AUGUCUUCCGAACCGCUCUCGCCUGCAUUUACCAAUAUUGUUGACGAUCUAGCCAGCCUGAUCAAUGAAGGGAAUGUACAGAAGGCGGUAGUUGAGGGUGGCUGGCGAUACCAUGGCGAAGCUUUUCAAAAAGAGAUUGACAAACUUGAAGAGAUGAUGGUCAGGUGCGGUAAUAAAGUUAUUCGGUGCCAUGCCACUCAUUUUACUCGAGGCGCAAAUAUCCAAAACCCCACGAAACGUUUGGUCAUAUUUCAGAUACGUGGAACGUCAAAGCUUGUCGAUCCCGGUUCAUAUCAAUACCUGGAAAGUUCACAAACGCCAAAGCCCGCCCCUGGUGAAUUGCUACAGUCCAGUUCAUAUCAAUACCUGGAGGAAUCACGCACACUUAUUGCUGAGGGUGAGGGAGGGGUUGAUGUUGGCAUAGUUGUACUGGCGCGAGACACAAGUUUCAAGAAGAUGUGA